AUGCACGUGGCCGUAAUUCAAACUUUCGAACUUUCUGUCAUUCAGGACAGGAGAUAUAAAAAAAAUACAGGUCAGAUCCAGUCGGGUCAGAUCAAGGCAGGUCAGAUCAAGUCAGGUCAGAUCCAGUCGUGUCAGAUCAAGGCAGGUCAGAUCAAGUCAGGUAAGAUCAGGUCAGGUCAGAUCAAGUCGGAUCAGAUCAAGUCAGGUCAGAUCCAGUCGGGUCAGAUCAAAGCAGGUCAGAUCAACUCAGGUAAGAUCAGGUUAGGCCAGAUCAAGUCGGAUCAGAUCAAGUCAGUUUGGCUAAUUACGACAGGUCAGAUACAGUCGUGUCAGAUCAAGGCAGGUCAGAUCAAGUCAGGUAAGAUCAGGUCAGGUCAGAUCAAGUCGGAUCAGAUCAAGUCAGGUCAGAUCCAGUCGUGUCAGAUCAAGGCAGGUCAGAUCAAGUCAGGUAAGAUCAGGUCAGGUCAGAUCAAGUCGGAUCAGAUCAAGUCAGGAGAUAUAAAAAAAUACAGGCUAAUUACGACAGGUCAGAUCCAGUCGGGUCAGAUCAAGGCAGGUGAGAUCAAGUCAGUCACGUCAGAUCAAGCCAACUUAUGUCAAGUCAGAUCAAAUCAAGUCAAGUGGGGACAGAUCAGAAAAUCAAGUUCGAUCAAGCAGUCAGGUCAGAAUAAGUCAAGUCAAGUCACGUUAGAUCAAAUCAAGUCAGACAUGUCCCGUCAAGUCAUAUCUGGUCAAAUCGGAUCAGGAUAG